AAGUCAAAACUCAAAACACCGUUAUUUGUAAACUGAAUACAUACCACAUCAUAACUUUCUAUUUUUCUAAAUCCUACGUUUAUAUUCCUAAAAAAAACAGAAAUUAAACGGCACAGUUUGUAUAUAUAAGCAGUUGUAUUUAUAAAAAUAUUAUCCAGCUGAAAAGGAAUGAAUAGACUGCACUACUACAUUUUAAUAUGAUCUAAUUUGAAACAAAAUGACAACAAAAUCUGAUACUAAAAUAUGGUGGAUAACAUUCGGCAUUAUAUGUGGUGCGACUUUCUUGACUCGAUUUUACAAAGUAUUAGAACCAGACCAUGUGUGUUGGGAUGAGACGCAUUUUGGGAAAAUGGCUAGUUGGUACAUAAAUAGGACAUUCUUCUUUGAUGUACAUCCACCAUUAGGAAAAAUGCUCAUUGCGCUAUCUGGGAAGCUGACAGGGUACGAUGGCAAAUAUCCAUUUGAAAAGCCAGGAGACAAAUUUGAUGGUGCUAAAUAUGAAGGGAUGCGGAUUUUCUGUACAACAUUGGGUGCUCUCAUAAUACCUUUAACAUUUUUGACAAUAUGGGAGAUGACUAAAUCCCUUGAUUCAACAAUAAUAGGAACAAUGCUAUUGCUUUUUGAUGUUGGCUUCUUAACUUUAAACAGAUAUAUUUUACUGGAUCCAAUUCUAUUAUUUUUUAUGAGCAGUUCUAUGUAUGGAGUGUUUAAGGUUAGAUCUCUAACAGAGGCUGGCCUAGCACCAUUCUCUGUUCGAAUGUUGAUAUGGCAGCUGUUCCUUGGUGCGUCCCUCGCUUGUACCAUGUCCGUGAAGUUUGUCGGCCUGUUUGUUGUGCUAUUCGUCGGUCUCAGGACUAUAGCCGAUCUAUGGAAUAUUCUAGGAGAUUUAUCACAGCCAGUUACUCUUACUGUUAAACACCUGAUUGGCAGGAGCUUUACAUUAAUCAUUUGGCCCAUCAUGCUGUAUGUGUUUUUCUUUUGGAUUCACCUCACAGUGCUUAGUAAAAGUGGUAAUGGCGACGGCUUCUACUCGUCCGGUUUCCAAGCUCGCCUCGAAGGCAACAGCUUGCACAACGCUAGCGCACCGCGCGUGCUUGCGUAUGGCGCGCUAAUAACAUUGAAGAACCAUAGAACGGGGGGAGGGUACCUGCAUUCACACCACCACCUGUAUCCGCCCUCGGCUGGAGCUCGUCAGCAGCAGAUAACCACAUACACGCACAAGGACGACAACAACAAGUGGCUGAUCAAGCCGUACGACCGCGAGACGGUGGACGGCACGCAGCUCGUACGCAGCGGCGAUCUCGUGCGGCUCACGCACGCGGCAACCGCGCGGAACUUGCACUCGCACCGCGAACGUGCGCCCGUCACACCCAAGUUCCUGCAGGUCACCGGAUAUGGGGAGGAUGGUAUUGGAGACGCGAAUGAUGUAUGGAAAGUUGUUGUUUCUGGCGGAAAAGAUGGCGAUGAAAUACAAACAGUGCGAAGCAAGCUCAUAUUCGUUCACUAUCUGCAGUCUUGUGUGCUAACAACGACAGGCAAGCAACUGCCGAAGUGGGGCUUCGAACAACAAGAGGUGGCCUGUAAUCCCAACUUGAGGGAUAAAAAUGCAUUGUGGAACGUCGAGGAUAAUAUCUUUGAUGGAUUACCAAAAAUGAGUUUUGAGUCGUACGCAUCGGGCUUCUUUGAGCGCUUAGUGGAGUCCCACGCGGUCAUGUUUCAAGGAAAUGCGGGUCUCAAGCCCAAGGAGGGCGAGAUCACCUCGCAGCCCUGGCAGUGGCCCAUCAACUAUAGAGGACAAUAUUUCUCAGGCAGCGCAUACAGGAUCUAUCUACUCGGCAACCCAGUGAUCUGGUGGGCGAACCUGGCCUUCCUUGUGUUGUUCUUUGUGAUUUAUGUUGUGAAUGCUAUACGAGAGAAACGGGCGGAGGCGUUUGGGCGACCGUUGCAAGUGGAUCAAACUCGUUCUCUACUAAACGGAGCGGGCUGGAGUUUCGUUGGUUGGGCCCUGCAUUAUGUUCCCUUCUGGGCUAUGGGUCGGGUACUAUACUUUCAUCAUUACUUCCCUGCUCUUAUCUUCAGUUCUAUGCUCACUGGCAUCCUCACAGAGUAUCUUCUACGCAGUUUACAGAGCUAUCUCAACCGAGAUGCAGGUACAACACUAUACCACACCGCUAUGGGUAUAAUCCUGUCAGCGACUGUAUACAGUUUCUAUCUGUUCGCGCCACUCGCCUAUGGUAUGACGGGGCCACACUCGACAGAGCCUAAUUCUACAAUGAGCGGCUUGAAAUGGCUCGAUACUUGGGAGUUUUAAUGUGUAUAAAUAUAACUAAAAAGACACAUGUUAUUAAGAUAAAGUAAUAAAUAAUUCGACUGAAUUCUAAUUGAGAACUCUAGUUGUAAGUUUAAGAAAUAUGGAUAUUUUUUGUGGUGCUGAAUGUACUUAGUAUAUUAUUAAUUUAUUUCAAUUCCGUCCAACAGAGUAUUAAAAUAUUGUUUAUAUACUAUUAUUUUUCAAAAUAAAAAAAAUAUUAUUUUUUUA